CCUGAAUUCCAGGAUCUCAUUAAUUUCUAUUUAAUUUGCCCUUCCCGUUUCCCAACCCUCUCUUCGUGCAGUCGCCGAUUUCGUCCCCUCGCUCGCACUCGCCUCCCUCGCUUCCUCUCCAGGCGUGGUGAAGUCUUCUCCAGGUUGCCGUAUCUUGAAGGCAGGCUUUCUGGUCGCUAGGAAUGGAUCAGCCACCGGGCCACCCAGUCCCUCCUGUGAUCGGUGUCGGAGUUCCCUAUCCCACCGCUGGCGGCGCUGGUCCGUACCAGGCUUAUCAGAACCUCUUCCACCAGCAGCAACAGCAGCAGCAGCAGCAGCUGCAGUUGUUCUGGGCUGAUCAGUACAGAGAGAUCGAGCAGACCACCGACUUCCGCAAUCACAGCCUGCCUCUCGCCAGGAUCAAGAAGAUCAUGAAGGCAGAUGAGGAUGUGCGCAUGAUUGCUGCCGAAGCCCCCGUGGUUUUCGCCCGCGCCUGUGAGAUGUUCAUCCUGGAACUCACUCACAGGUCGUGGGCUCAUGCCGAGGAGAACAAGCGCCGGACACUGCAAAAGAACGACAUAGCUGCGGCCAUCAGCCGCACUGAUGUGUUCGAUUUUCUCAUCGAUAUUGUGCCAAGGGAGGAAGGGAAGGAAGACGUCGCCCAUGCACUUGGAGCCCCGUCUGGUGACCCUCUCUCUUACUACUAUGUCCCUAAGUAGCAUCCUCACGACCUGAGACUUUUAAUAAAUCCAUGUUAGUGUGAUCUUAAGCAUAAACUCCAAUUUGGUCUAUUGUGAUGUUAUCAUCUGAAAUAUGAAUUCCAGUAGAACUUUCUUGCCAUGGCUGCUAAUGAGUUAUUGUUCUUCAGUUUAUACUUGUUUAAGUGUGGCUCGUUUAAUUGCAUGUAUGUUCAUGUCAAUUAUACGACAACUGAUGUGCUGUUAAGUGUUUGUUAAACUUCUUUAGUUGUGCUA